ACCAUUACUCGUCUCUUCUCCAUCACUCAAACCGCAUCUCUCUCUUGCUCUCUGUGUUCAAUAUUCAUCAAACAGAAUUGAUAAAAUCUUGAACUCUAUAUGCCAAGAAAAGGUAUGAGGACUGUCUUCUUCAAGCAAUCUCCUUCAUCUCCUCCAAUUCGAUCACCGCCUCAUCGCCAUACCUUCUCUGAUAAAUUAAUGGAUGAGAACAUUGACAAUGCCCAUAUUCUCAUUUCCAAAUGGGAUUCUGAUUCCCCCACUUCUUCAAAUUACUGCUCCAUCUCUUCUCUUUUUAGGGAUAAUCGCCAAGAAGCCAAGCAAUACCUCAACUCUAUCAAACAACUACAGUCUGCUAUGCAAUAUUACAUCUCUGAAAACUCUGCUUCUGAAAAGCUCGUUCGUGCUCAAAAUCUCAUGCAAAUUGCUAUGAAAAGACUCGAGAAGGAGUUCUACCAAACCUUGAAAUCUAACAGAGACUUUCUUGACUCGGAAUCGCUGUCCAAUCACUCUUCUAGAGCGUCCAGAUCGAGCUUUUCAGAUUUUGAAGAUGAAUCUGAGGACGACUCUUCACGAUAUGGUGAUACUGUUUCUGAAGUAGAGCGAGUCUCUAUAGUUGCUAUGGCGGAUUUGAAGGCGAUUGCUGAUUGCAUGAUUGGUUCUGGUUAUGGAAAAGAAUGCGUCAAAAUUUAUAAAAUUAUUCGCAAAUCGAUUGUUGAUGAGACUCUCUAUAAUCUUGGAGUUGAAAAUCUGAAUUUCUCGCAGAUUCAGAAAAUGGAUUGGGAGGUACUGGAAUUGAAGAUCAAGAGCUGGUUAAAUGCAGUGAAAGUGGCGGUUAAGACCUUGUUUUAUGGAGAGAAGGUUCUCUGUGAUUAUGUCUUCUCUGCUUCUGUUUCGAUAAAGGAGUCGUGCUUUGCCGAUAUUACGAGAGACGGUGCCUUGACGCUGUUUGGCUUCCCGGAAAGUGUAGCCAAGUGCAAGAAAACUCCAGAGAAAAUGUUUCGCACUCUCGAUCUCUAUGAAGCAAUUGCUGACUUAUGGCAAGACAUUGAGUCCAUUUUCAGCUUCGAAUCAACCUCCACCGUCCGUUCACAAGCCGUUAACUCCCUAAUCCGGCUCGGCGAGGCUGCACGUACUAUGUUAACGGACUUCGAAUCGGCGAUUUCCAAAGACAAUUCGAAAACGCCAGUUCCUGGAGGCGGGGUCCACCCUCUCACACGUUACGUAAUGAACUACAUCGCUUUUCUAGCCGAUUAUAGCGGUAUCCUAUCUGAUAUAGUCGCCGAUUGGCCAUUAACGACGUCGUCUCCUUUGCCAGAAUCUUAUUUCGGAAGCCCCGAGCAUGAAGAUGGCUCAUCCUCGGCGAUUUCCGUACGGUUGGCUUGGCUCAUCCUCGUUUUACUCUGCAAACUCGACGGCAAGGCUGAGUUUUACAAGGAAGUGUCUCUAUCAUAUCUCUUUCUAGCUAAUAAUCUCCAAUACGUGGUUAACAAAGUUCGAAAAUCAAGCUUGAAAUUGCUUAUCGGCGAUGAAUGGAUCACAAAACACGAGGCUAAGGUGAAACAAUACGCAUUGAAUUACGAACGCAUGGGGUGGAACAAGGUUUUCAGUUCAUUGCCGGAGAAUUCAGCGUCGGGGAUGACAAUUCACGAAGCAGCAGAGUGUUUCAAGAGAUUUAACUCCGCUUUCGAGGAGGCAUGCAAGAAGCAACGUUCAUGGGUGGUUCCGGACGGCAAACUGAGAGACGAGAUUAAAGUAUCGUUGGCGAAGAAGCUGGUGCCGGCGUACCGGGAAUUUUACGAGAAGUAUCGGGUGGCAGUGAGGAGGGAAAUCGGAAACACAGUGACCGUAAAAUUUUCGCCUGAUGAUUUGGGAAAUUACUUGUCGGAUUUGUUCUUUGGAAUCACCGGUGGUUCUGGAAGUAUUUCGUCAGCUUCAUCAACGUCGUCGUUUUCUUCAUCGUCGACUCACUCUGCAAGUGGAAAAAGCCGUUGAGGCGGUUUGGAACCUUUUAGGCGUGUAACUUUUUGUGCAUUAUUGAAAAAAUAGAGGACAUAAAAAAAAAAAAGAAUAGAAACAAAGGAGCGCGUACAUUCUUACGAUUGUUUUUUUUUUUUUU